CGCACAUCUCCUCCUCGUAUCUCUCGUAACCCUCGUCUUCAUCCUCCGGGUGUACGAGAGCACUAGCCACUAGAACUACCUCUACCUCUUUGUCCGUGCCUAUAUAAAUAGGGUUGGUAGCGUCCAAAGCGAGUCUUUGGUCACAAUUCACGUCAUGUAUUCCAACGCCAAACACGUCGCCCCUUCGGCGGUCCUGAUCCUAAUCCUGUGCGUCUUGAGUACGGACCAAACUCUGUUUUCUCGGAAGAAGUCAAGUACACCCAUUUCACCUUCAGUGGAUAAUGUUGCCCAACAAUCAAAGCCAGUUCCACAAAAAGAAACAUCACAUUGGUGGCAAAUGAAGUUUAAGGCCUCAGAAUCUAAUGAAAAUUCUGUAUCAAAUCAAGUAGCUGUACCAGUACCUGUACCAGUACGCCAAAAGGAAAUUCAAGAGCACCCGAAUAGACAGUGUAAUAUGCCGAGAAAGAGAUCCGUCGUUAAACCAAUUUUACACCGUUCAUUCGACUAUCGGUGUGAAAUUGAUUUAAUCGACAAGGAGUUAAAUUCAGACAAUGAUUACAAAUUAAUUAUCGAAUAUGAAGAUAAUUACUCCACAUUUGUAAUUAAUCGUCCUCUACGAUUUGCAAUCCAUCUUUGAAACCCAUUUUAACUCCGACGUAAAAUGGGUACCAUGUCUGUGCCCAGUGCGUAAGGGGGGAAAUGUACAACAGCAUCACCAACAACAACCACAGUCA